GACAUAGUAAAUUUUUUUGUGCCUUGGAACAUCUUAGAAAUAAAUAGUUUCAAAAAUUUAUAUCUAAGGGGGUAAUUAAGAUUUCUCAUAAUUUAGGAGGUAAACAGUUUCAAAAAUCCGUGUUUGAAGGAUAAUUAAAACUUCUCAUAAUUUAUGUGUCCAAAUAAAGAGCCUGUUUGGAUGGUCUUUAAGUUGGUCAAAAUCAACUUAAAACCACUUUUUAGCUUUUAAACGUAUUUGCCUAAUGAUAACUUUAAGUCAUAAAGUUUUUAAAGUCAGUCAAAAAUGAACUUUUUUUUUUCUAAGUCCUUAAAGUCAUUUUCUUUGACCAUGGAAAUUACUUUUAUAUCCCUUAUAUUUUAACUAAAUUCCCAAACUACCCUUUUUAUUCUUUUAACCCUAAAAUUCACAUCAUUUUCCUCAUUUAAGCAUUUUUAUCCAAACACUCAACUGCUUAUUUAUAAAAAUAACUUUCAGCACUUCAAAGUUCUAAGAGCACUUCAUACAUAAAAGUUACUUUUUUUAAGUCCAUCCAAACGGGCUCAAAAUGUAUAACUUUUAUAAGCCCAUCCAAACGGGCUCAAAAUGUAUCAAGUUUAAAUGAACUUUUAACUAUUAACUCAAAAUUUAAUAGAAUGGUUAAAUAAAUAAAAAGGGUAUUAAGGUAAUAUAGCCUCAAAUUGAAACCCAACUUUGAAAGUGGAUAUAGAUCCCACACCAAGCGACAAACAUUUUUUUUCUGUACUGGGUUCAUCAAGAAUUGGUUCAAGACUGACCAUUCCUGGACUUCAUUCUGAUUCACUCAACCCCACAUCAAUCUCUUUUUCAUCUAACCUCCGUGGUCUCUCUCUCAAGGAAAUGAACAAUGAAGAAAAACGAUUUAAUCAAGAAGAGGAGGAUGAGGAGGAAAAUGGGAGAGGUCGAGAAGCAUGGGAAAGAACUUAUGCAGAUGAAAGAUCAUGGGAGUCUUUGCAAGAGGAUGAAUCAGGACUCCUUCGUCCAAUUGACAACAAAACUCUAUCCCAUGCUCAGUAUCGACGACGUCUCCGCACUGCAACUGCUGCGCGAAUUCAGAAGGGUCUGAUUCGGUACCUCUACAUUAUCAUUGAUUUCUCCAGGGCUGCUGCAGAAAUGGAUUAUAAACCAAGCCGAAUGGUUGUAGUUGCUAGGCAAGUGGAGGCUUUUAUAAGAGAAUUUUUUGACCAGAAUCCCCUGAGUCAAAUUGGCUUGGUGAUCUUGAAAGAUGGAGUAGCUCAUUGCUUAACAGAUCUUGGUGGCAGUCCUGAGGCUCAUAUCAAAGCAUUGAUGGGUAAAUUGGGGACCUCAGGUGAUGCAUCCCUUCAGAAUGGCCUAGAUCUUGUGUGUGAUCUCCUAAAUCAAAUUCCAUCUUAUGGUCAUCGUGAAGUCCUUAUCUUGUAUUCAGCUCUUAGCACAUGUGAUCCGGGGGAUAUACUGGAAACCAUCCAAAAAUGCAAAGCGUUUAAGAUAAGGUGCUCAGUAAUUGGUCUCUCUGCAGAACUCUACAUAUGCAAGCAUCUCUGCCAAGAGACUGGUGGAAUGUAUUUUGUUGCAUUGGAUGAGCUUCAUUUAAAAGAGUUAGUAUUGGAGCAUGCUCCACCUCCUCCAGCUAUUGCAGAGUUCGCUGUUGCAAAUUUGAUCAAGAUGGGGUUCCCCCAAAGAACAGCAGAGGGUGUCAUUUCAAUUUGUUCAUGCCAUAAAGAGGCUAAAGUUGGUGGUGGAUACACUUGUCCGAGAUGCAAAGCACGCAUAUGUGAGCUGCCUACUGAGUGUUGCAUCUGCGGACUGACCCUUGUAUCUUCUCCACAUUUGGCAAGGUCAUAUCAUCAUCUCUUCCCAAUAAGGCCAUUUGAUGACAUUUCACCCUCCGUUCUGAAAGAUCUUCACAAGUUACCAAACAAUUGCUUUGGUUGCCAACUGAGUCUUCUAAAUCCUGGAAAUUUGCCAGGUUCACAGGUUGCUUGUCCAAACUGCAAGCAACACUUCUGCCUUGACUGUGAUAUUUAUAUACAUGAGAGCUUGCACAAUUGUCCAGGUUGUGAGAGCUUAAGGAAUUCCAAGACCAUUAGUGAUAUGGAAGGAUGAUAAGGAUGUCUGUUUUUGAAGUGGUUUAUUCCUCAAAUGGAACACAAGCUAAAUGGCAAAAUGUAAUGUUGUGUUGGAUGUCCUUUUCAAGUACCAGAAAUCUUGUUUCAACAGCAUGUCCUGAGGGAAAGUCAAGCUGCUUUUAUUGGAAUUUUAUUGUUGGAUGCAACCAAUUUUUAUGGAACAACUAUGGGAGACACAACUACUAAUCUCAGAGGUAAAACUUCUAUGGUCUAAUUCAAAGUUUUAGAGCAAUACAGGAUUAUGGCAUAAUAUAUAUCAUAUAUGACAAUCAGAUUGUUGCUUCUUGUACCCUCAAAUUCUGACUUAAAAGAAGAAAAAAAGGAAGACAGUGAUAAGAUCUGUUUACCUUUGAGCCUCAGGAAGCAUUUAAUUACUUGACAAUCCACCGGUGAAAUAACUUUUGAGUGCUUCAUUGUACGUUUCCAAGGGUAGAGGCCUUUGCUACUGGCAGAUGAGUAUAAUUUACCAGCAACUGUUAAGCCAAGAGAUUGUUCAGGAGGACAAUUAACAUAGCAAUAGCUCUUAUGAUAUGUUAUGGCCAUAUUCAGCCUUUGUCACCAUUGAAAAUAACACUUCUGCUGUAAUACCUGAGCUGGUUUGUGCAUACUAUAAGUUUGUUUAAAUCACACACACUCGAGCCUCUUUUAAAGUUUGUUGCUCAAGCAGCAGUCUAAUUUUUUUUUCCUGUUAUUGUGGAUUAUCCCCCCCCCCCCUGAAAUUUAUGUGUUACUCUGAUCAAUAAUCAAGUUUAGAUACAUUUGUGUGGCCUUUGUUAA